AUGCGCCGCGACGUCAACUGCGCGAAGACUCGAGGUCCAAAUGCCACUAUCAGCGACCACAAGAACCUCACCGCCGAAGAAAAGACGACACUCCAUGAUCUUCUCGUUGGAUGGUGUAAUGUCCGUCCUGGCCAGCAUAUUACACCGGCCCUCCGACGAUGUCUCCUCGAACAUGUUUUCCAUAUGUGGAACUCCAAGGUGACUCGAGUCCCAAUCCCGGAUAAGCCUGGGGUGAAGAGACUGCGUCAGACAUCAAUGGAAGCGACAUGA